AUGGAUCUUGCAAGUUCUUCCGCUAUGAGUACGAUUUCAGUGGCACUGACAACUGUUCCACAAUCAAUACCUGUAUUAAGCAGUAUUUAUAAAAUUUCCACUGAUAUCCGAGAAACUACUCAACGAGUUCAAGUCAACAAACAACAAUGUGAACAAUUGAGUGAACGCAUCGACACAUUGAUCGGAUUUUUGGCAGAAAGAGAUUUAUCUCAUUGUUUGAAUCAAGCGAUGCAUAGAGCACUUUAUCGUUUGGAAACGUUUCUACGACAAUGUCUCGAAUUUAUCAGUACUUUUAUAGAAGCCAGUUGGUUUAAACGUCUCAUAAAUAACAAAGACUAUGAGAAAAAGUUUCUAGAUUUGAAUCGUGAACUAACUCAAUAUUCGAACGAUCUCAAUUUCGGUAUUGGAUUGACUAAUUUACCGAAGAAUGAAAAACAAAAUAAAAACGCUCAAGCUGACAUCGAAUCAGAUGAAUCUGAUGAAUUUGACAACGACUUUCCACAGCCGCAAACAUUAGAGAUAGUCAAUGAUGAUCAAUACAUUGGGAUAACAAAUCGAGAAACUUCCCGCAAAACAAAAGACGCUCCUCAUAUGAGUACGGCAAGAACUGUCAUAAACUAUCAACAAACACAAGACACCAUUUUUGUGUCCGGUUUAUGGAAAUAUCAAUAUUAUCAAUAUAAUCAGUGGUAUGGACCCUUUAAACAACAACUUGUCUUCAAUCCUAUGACUAGAACAAUAAACGGCUAUGGACAAGAUAAUGUUGGUCAAUAUGUAUUGAAUGGAUCGUUUUCAGAAGUAACUGGCAAAAUUGAGAUGACACAACGUUAUCAAAUCGGUACAGGAAAUCAGAAUUUAAAUUUGGGUCAUCAAGAUGUCAUUCAACUUAGUUGGAACGCAUCAAGAAAAGUAUUCGAAGGCAUGGCGUAUUCACAAGUUGGCGGGUGUUAUGUACCAGGAGCACUCAUCGAAAUGUCGCUUAUCUAA